CAUCUCACCUUCUUUCUUUAGUCCAAGUGCUGGAGCACGUUAGAGUGACCAUGGAGCGCGUUUGCUGUCAUGUAGUUCAGCGUUAAUAAGCCGUGAAUAGUUGUAAACGGGGCGCCUUUGAGGAGAAACAAGAAACGGGACUUCGAAGCCAUGGCCGCACGGGAAGAAGGAGAGGUUUUGCAGGGGAAACUAAGGCACCACGACGGGGCUGGAAGUGUAAACAGCUCUGAGAGCUUCAGGAACGGCUAUGUGAAGAGCUGCGUCACCCCCCUUAAACAGGACCAUCAGAGGGGGUUUUUGUUCAGCGUGUGCAGGUUUUGUAAUGAAGACGUCCUCAAUUCCAAACUGUUAAAGGUGUCCGCUCUGUACGUGGGCGCCUUUAUUGUUUUCGCCGUAUCUUUUCUCAUUUCCAGGAGCUUGCAAAGUGACUCGCUGUGGGAUUUGCGGACUUUUUUGCUGGGCUUGUCCCAGUCCAUCAGUCCUCUGUUCAGCAUAGGAUGCGCCUUCUUUUUACUCACCUUCUACCUGAGGAGGAAGAAGAAGCAGAGCAGCAGAUCGUGGCUCUUGUCACUGCCAGCUUCGUGCUACCUCGGGGAUUUUCUGGUUCUGCGGUUCCUGCAGUGGGGAGAGGAGCAGCACCAGAUGCAAAUGGUGGGCAGGUUGUUGUUUGUGUUGGGAUGCGUGGGUCUGCUCACACUCAUCCCCACGCUCAGACUCAAGCAGAGCGUCCUGGUCCUGGUGUUCGCCAGCGUGGUGUGGCUGCUCUCCCUGACAAGUUUGAGCGGUGUGCCCGCGCUGCUCAGACCGCUCCUGGCCUGCUUGGCGGGGGUCUCCGGCUCCCUGGUGGGGAUCUCCUUUGACCGCUAUUACCAAAGCAGGGAAGCGCUGGCUGGGAUUUCCAGCGCGGAGGAGAAGGUCCCAGUCAUCAGACCCAGGAGAAGAUCCAGCUGUGUUUCACUGGGAGAAACCUCAACCAGCUACUAUGGCAGCUGCAAAAUGCCCCGCAGACCCUCACUGCCAUGCAUAUCUAGAGAGCAGAUGAUCUUGUGGGACUGGGAUCUGAAACACUGGUACAAACCACAGUAUCAGGGUGCAGUGAGUGGCAAUGGCGUGGAUCUGUCAGUCAUCAACGAGGCCAGGAACUUGGUGUCAGAGCUUCUGAUGGACUCCUCACUUUCGCCAAACACAGCCGCCACUCUACGCAGCAUCUCAAGCCUGAUGGGGACCUUUUCAGGCUCAUGUCGCCCCAGGGUCAACCCCUUCACGCCCUUCCCGGGAUUCUACUCUGUAGAGUCAGAGGACUCUGCAGAGAGGAGCGACAGGAAAAGUGUAAAGGGUUUGAGCAGCAGAAACAGCCUCCCCACCCCUCAGCCCAGGCGGAGUUCGACCUCCUCCACAUCCUCUGCACUCCCUUCGCUGGACUCAACCUCUUCUCGCUGGGAGCGCAACAAUGGAAAGAGACCCCACUGUGACCUCAGUUUGACCAGCUCAGCUCUGACUAACGGUCCCAAUGCAAACCUCCUCACCAUUCCAAAACAGAGAUCCUCCUCUGUUACCCUAACAUACCAUGCUGGGCCAAGAAGAACAGGCACCUCUCCAAGCCUUAGCCCAGUCACCUCGCCAAGCCAUAGCCCUCCGACGCUAAGUACAGGUUCCUCAUCGACCGUCAGUCCUCGGUUGCCUGUGGAGUUUCCAGACACAGCCGACUUUUUGACAAAACCCAGUGUCAAUCUGAACCUCCACAAGCCCUUGGUCCACACAGUCAGCUCCACUGAUUUCCAACAGUCAUUUCGUAGCUCUGCCUUCUCUCUUUGCACCAGCUGUGGUCGGCAGAUGCUCAAGGGAAUUUCCAGCAGUGAGUCGGGGGACUCACAUCAGCUGUUCACCAGUGAGGCUCAACGGAGGCGCUCAGUGGCAGAAGGGCUGGAUUAUGUAGGAGGGGAUUCUAUCAGGGAAGAGCCGGACGUGUCUGGAGAUGGGAAGCCAGAUGCUGAAGGAAAACAAGGAGUGGCAGAGGAGGAAAGGGAGAAGAUCCUUACUGCAGAGCUACAGACUCACAAAUCAGACGGUGAACAGGAGUUCAGGCUUGAUCCCAUGCUGGAGGACCAUGAGGGUCUCAUGGAAAAGAUGGACACCUGGAACUUCCAGAUUUUUGACCUUGUAGACAGAACUGGAGGGAAAACCGGAAGAAUCCUCAGCUACGUGACAUACACAUUGUUCCAGGACAUGUGUCUGUUCGAGAUCUUCAAGAUCCCUGUAAAGGAGUUCAUGUCCUACUUCUUUGCUCUGGAAAGUGGCUAUAGAGACAUUCCCUACCAUAACCGGGUACAUGCUACAGAUGUGCUCCAUGCUGUUUGGUACCUGACCACUCGACCAAUCCCUGGAUUUCAGCAGAUACACAGUGAGCAUGUGACGGGAAGUGACACAGACUCAGACAGUGGAAUCUCCCCAGGCAGAAUAUCUUACGCCACGUCCAAGAGCUCCUCAAUUUCAGAUGACAGCUAUGGCUGCCUGGCCUGGAAUAUACCUGCCCUGGAGCUCAUGGCCCUUUAUGUAGCAGCUGCAAUGCACGACUAUGACCAUCCUGGUCGUACAAAUGCCUUUUUAAUUGCCACUAAUGCACCUCAGGCAGUGCUGUACAAUGACCGCUCAGUCUUAGAGAACCACCAUGCUGCAUCAGCCUGGAGCCUCUACCUGUCCCAGCCCGAGUACAACUUCCUGGCCAACUUAGAUCACGUUGAAUUCAAGCGUUUCCGCUUCCUUGUCAUUGAGGCAAUACUUGCCACAGACCUCAAGAAGCACUUUGACUUUCUUGCUGAGUUCAAUUCCAAGGUAAACGAUGUGAGCAGUCCAGGAAUUGAUUGGACCAAUGAGAACGACAGACUUCUGGUUUGCCAAGUUUGUAUCAAGCUGGCAGACAUCAAUGGACCGGCCAAAGUCCGAGACCUUCACCUCAAAUGGACAGAAGGCAUUGUAAACGAGUUUUAUGAGCAGGGAGAUGAAGAGGCAAAAUUGGGAUUACCCAUCAGCCCCUUUAUGGACCGCUCUGCACCACAGCUGGCCAAGCUGCAGGAGUCCUUCAUCACCCAUAUUGUAGGACCACUAUGUAAUUCCUACGAUGCUGCCGGUCUGCUUCCUGGCCACUGGGUUAAUGGAUCAGAUUCAGAUGAAGAUGAUGAUGAAGCACAGGAAGACACAGAUGAAGAAGCAGAUGAAGAGGAUGAUCUAGAAGUUGAUCUGGGAACAGGAAGGACAAAAGGUCGGCGAAGGUUGUUCAGCUGCAUCAUGCAGCACCUGUCAGAGAAUCACAAGGUUUGGAAGAAGAUCAUUGAGGAGGAGGACAAGAGUAAAGAGCUUGGCAAACAGAUGCAGCCAGAAUGCUUACCCACCUCUACAUCAGAUGACAUCCAGGUUAUCCAGGAGGAGGAGGAGGGGGAGGAGCGUCAGUAACGGGGGGGCAAAGUUAAUGUGCCGAGAGCUGCACAAAAAAGAAAAGGAGAAGCUGUGGAAGGACGUUCUUCAACCAUCUGCCUUUUAUUGACACAAAGACUGACAGUCAAUAAAUGCACAUCAAAUAUACUUUGUUCCUGCUCUAUCCUGAACAUACACAUUAAAAGAUUCACUGUGCAGACACUUAGAUAUUAAAGCAGUCUCCUCGUUUUCAGAAUCAAAAAGGCCUUACUACUGUGAGCGGAUCCUUACUGCAACGGUAGGGGCCCAACCCCUAUGCACUUUCAUCCCAUGGAGAGUCAAGUGCAAAUAGACAUUAAAGCACCAGGACCAAGGAUAAAGGUGCAGAAGAGACUGUGGAGGGGGGGGUCCAGCAUCGACUUUUCCUCCAUGGUGAAUUGGCUGUGUUGCUGCCUUGAAUGCAAAGCGCUUAACACUUAACACCUCCUUUAGGUACAAAAUAGUUCCUGUUUAUUUAUAGAUAAAAUGAAAGGUAGAGGAAAAGUACUAAAGUAGGUGGUAUCCUCAGCCCUUACCAAAGUGAACAGUCCAACUAUGGAAAGACAAGAGACUGAAAAUGUUUCAGCCUCAGUGUCAAGUAUAUUUUAAUAAAUAUAUAUAUAUAUAUAUAUAUAUAUAUAUAUAUAUAAGCUACUGUGCCUGUUUGAAAAUUUACUAAGUCCAUGUUGGCCUAGAGUUUUGGCUUGAAAAGUUUCCUCUCCUUGCUGGUGACACGAAACACUGUAUCAGACUCAGUCACAGAGACGUUAUAAAAAUGUUGACUGAUUAAUAGCAUUAUAUCUGCAUCGUUUUUGAUGCUUUUAUUCAAGUGUACCACCCUAAUACCCUCACCCCCCUUUAACUCUCUGUUCUUUGGUUUGUUUUGAAUGUUGACUAUUUCUGACCAGAAUGUGACAGAGAGAAUGAGCAGGGAGAAAGAGAGCACAUUUUUAAAACAUUUUAGUGUGUCUUUGUGUGUCAUUUUAGCAAUGUUUGAUUUGAGAUCAGUAAAAUGUCCUCUAGUGUUUGAUGUGUUGCAUUCAGAUCAGGAGUGCUGAUUCAAUGAACGGAUUCUACAUGUUCCUUUUAUUUUUUUGAUUAGAAGUAUUUUUUUAAAGGUUACUCAGGAUUCAUGCAGAGUUGAUUUAUUAUUUUUGCAAGAAUGUUUUGUCAUUCUUAUGAAAUACACUUUAAAAACUAAAGAAAUUUAAAAAAUCGGGUGAUUGAAGUAGUCUGAAAUCUCUUAAUGAACAACUUGACCACAAAGAAAUUGAAGCAGAUGGAAUAUUCUCUGGUAGAGACAUGCCUUAUGUGCAUUCUCUUGGUAUAAUUUAUACACUGUUUGCAAAAUCCUUUUACAACCUCACUGAAGAAAGUUAAUCCCGAUUGUUAAUAGACUGCAAAUAUCUUUUCUGCAGCAACAUCAAUUCUGCAGUUUUCAAGUAAUAUGUUUGCUUCUAUUUUGACAUUAAAGAGGUUAGCAGGUUUUUAAAAAAAACUAAUAGUUGUUCCUCUUUUUAGAGACUUCUAUUCAAACCCACCACUCAGUCAGUGUGUGAAGAAGGGAUGCCGGGUUUUAUUUCUCUUUGGUUUUGUUUAUAUACACACGCAUAUAUAGUGUGAGUUGUCACAAGACAAGUUCAAGACAUUAUAGUUCUCCAUUUGUAUUUUUUAUUUCUGUCUCAACUCUUGGCAUUCCACUUAAGAUAUUUUAUCAAAGGGAAGGCAGAAUUGUUACUUUAGGUUGGUCUUUUAUCACCUUAUUAACUCAUAAUCCCUGCAGAAAAUGUUAAACAAGCGGUGUAUGCUGAGUAAUAUUUAAUGACAGAAAAUAAAUACUGUUGUGCACAUUUUAAUACCAAACAAGUGUUCAGCCACUGUACAAAAGAGUAUGUGCAUAUAAAUAUAUAUUUUUGAAAUAAUCAAAUGAAUGCAUCUGUUUUCUACACACAGCUGACAUGUGCAUCAUGUAAUUAUGACGUCCUUGUGUUUCCAGAGUGUUUUUCUUUUUCCAGAUGUCAAACUGUGCAAGGGGGGAGAUUUUACUUUCCACUUACUUCUAGCCUCAAUAUUUCCUCCCUGUACUCAACCAUAACCACUCUUGUCCUCUCCAUUAGCUCUCACACUGUUCAAUCACUUGAUCCAACCAGUGCCAAACAUUACCUGCCUUCUGUUUUUUUGUGGGCUGUGAUGUGCUGAUCUUUAACUUUUCUCCCGGCUGCCGUUCGUGCAAGAGCAGCACAUUCGAUUCGAAUCCAAGUGGUAGGGAUGAAGGCAAGAUUUCUGGCUAGACUAUCUUUAUUUUUUCCCAUGUGGACCAGAGCUGGAUCAUAAAGCCAUUGUAGCUCCUGACCUGACAUUCUGGCUCAUUAAGUCAUAAAUGGUUGUUGGCUUUUCAGUGUGCAGUCUUUCAAACCACAGAGUCCUACGUGAUUGUGCCAUGAUUACAUCUAUGAACAGUUGUUACGCUUAUAGAGCAUCCGUAUACCUACGUUUGUCUAAUGUAACCAUUCACCCAUAUCUUAAAUGUGGGACAGCCUAUUUUUGUUGUUAUUUAUAGAUGCCAUAAAACACCAUCCCUAAAGUAUCAA